AUGAAAGGCUUAAAAACUGGCUCAAAAAAAUUACAAGCUACUACAGAAAUUGAAGGGUUCAAUGAUGAUCAAUUUGAUCUUAUAAAACGAGUACUCAAAUACAAACUCCUCCAACUUAGAGCAGGACAUGGUGACCAACUUGAUGUAUCAUUAAUGGAUGAAAAUAUGUAUACAUCUAUAGUCAUAUCUCAGGAUUUUGAAUUUUUAAAAAUAUGCUUUCCAGUACUGUUUGUUUCAUUAUGGAAUGAAAGUGAUGUUCCAUCCUCAAAAUGGCAUCACAAAUUAGUUUAUGGUAUUGGUGCUUCGGCAUGUAAAGCUUAUGGAGUUCUUUUCAAUUAUGAUAACAAUCAAGAAUUCUUUAUAUUCGAGAAUGUUGAACCACCCCUAGUAACAAAGGGUAGUAAACAUCAUCAAGAUCUUCUCAAAUGCUUUUGCAAUUGUGUGGAUUCUAUAUGCAGAACAUUCUGGAAGGGAGAUAGAGAUGUAAAGUUAGUGACACAAUAUUAUGUACUUGCAUACAUGGUGCACA